CAGCGCGUCGGUCAUCAUCCCUCCCAUUACUCUCACCGGGCUGUUAACGUGACGUCACCGGUCUCCAGGGGACGCUCGCCGCAGCAGGUGAGAGCGCGGCGUCGCCUCCUCGCUGCUUUCAGAGACGCAGAGCGGAGUAGCGGAGCAGCGGAGCGGAGCCAUGGGAAAGCUUCAAGAAUUUGAUAUCACUUUUGCCAACAACAAGGUGGUUUACGGUCCGGGAGAGUCCAUUAGCGGAACUGUGAAAAUACGAACGGGCAACGCGCUGCAGUACAAAGCCAUCAAGGUGAACUGCCAGGGCUCGUGUGGGAUCUCCAACAAAGUGAACGACGCCACAUGGACUCUGGAGGAGCAGUACUUCAACAGCACGUUGUCUGUUGCCGACAAAGGAACCCUGGUGGCCGGCGAGCACAGUUUCCCCUUCCAGUUUCUCAUUCCAGUCGCUGUGCCGACUUCCUUUGAGGGACCCUUUGGGAAGGUUAUUUACCGCGUGAGGGCGGCCAUCGACACGCCGCGCUUCUCCAAGGACCACAAAGCCCUGAGGCCCUUCUACCUGCUCAACCUGCUCAACCUCAAUGAGGUUCCUGCCAUUGAAAAUCCGAGUUACGCCGUGACCACGAAGAAGUUCAGCUACCUCCUGGUGAAGACGGGGACCCUGAUGCUGAAAGCUCGCAGUGACCUGAGGGGUUACAUCCCGGGGCAGGUCAUUAAGUUAGCUGCAGAGAUCCACAACAAGUCCGGAAAGGACACGGGAUGUGUGCUGGCCAGUCUCAUACAGAAAGUGACCUACAAGACCAAGCGGCCUGUGGUCGACCUGCGGACCAUCGCGGAGGUGGAGGGCGCCGGCGUGAAAGCAGGGAAACAUGCAGAGUGGAGAGAGCAGAUCAUCGUCCCUCCUCUUCCUCAGUCAGCACUGACCGGCUGCAGCCUCAUAGACAUCAGCUAUUUCCUUCAGGUGUCACUGAAGUCUCCAGACGCCGUCGUCACUCUGCCCAUCUGCAUUGGGAACAUCGGCGUGAACUUGUCUCCGUCGAGGCCCACGCUCUCCGUUCCAGGCCACUGCGGCGCAACGGCCGCGCCCGGCGCAGCAGGCGUGACGCCCAGUGCUCCGCCGGCGGAGGAGCCAGAGGAGGGGCUGUGUGCAGGCGGCGUGGCCAGUGAGGAGAUUCCCACCAAGAGUCACUCUCAGCAGGACCCCUUCGGUCAGCCGGUCACCGUGUCCCCCGGCGCUUUCGGCCACGCGCCCGGCGCGGCCCUUCCUCCCGGCCAAGGUCGGCCCGACGCGUCCGCUCCCUUGUUCUGUGUGUCCACCGGGGCCACCAUACCUUUCUUCACCGAGGGAAACGUGACUCCUAUCCCUACUUCCUGUUCUCUCAUCCUUCCCCCAGAGUACAGCAGCUGCGACUACCCUCACGAGCCCCCACCCACUUACGAGGAAAGCUGCAGUAGCGCCAACUCCAGUUUCAACAGUAGACAGUGAAGAAGAAGCAGGUGAUGAAGCAUCAUGGCCGCGCCCACCAACACCUGUCUGCAUUCGACACUCUCGACAAAUCAGUUCUGAGACACGACAGGUUACAGAGGAUGGACGAUAACUCCAACCCCCACUAACACCCCAAAGAUUGUUUCAUUGUCCUUGAAUGAGUAACAAAAAACAAAAAAAAAGUAAAAAGGGAUCAUAUCUUAUAUUGAAUAUAAGUUUAAUUUCUCGUGUCUCAUCAGGUAGAGACCGGCUGAACAUCACUGUGCCUAAAAGAAGUACAGCGUUUCCAUUAUUCAGUGAUUGGACAUUUGGGGCGGAGUUAAAUCUGUUUUGUUUUUCCAAUGAACCGUUGCAUCUGUGAUGCCGUGACAAUGAUUUCGGUCUCAUGUUUGAUGAGAUCCAUCGCUGGCCUUUUUUUCUUUUUUUUUGGAAGUCUUGUUCCAAUUGUGCAUUUGUUAUUGUGGUCCACUGCUGUCUGUUUGUGUGUCGGUUGUCCUCAUCAGCAGCAGCAGCAGCAGGCUGGACGUCUAAAGGAGAACUCAUCCCCAGAGGUUGUGGUGCAUCUAGUUUAACUAGUUAAACCCCCAGUGUGCAGGAUGUUCUGUGAUGCAUCUUAAUAAUCUUAAUACCACGAGAUUGAAGACAAAAAGGGUCUCAGCAACGCCUCUCAGUUGUGCAACUUGAAACAGAGGUGGCAGUAAAAACAACAGCAACAACAACAGAAAUUACUUACUGUCGUUGUAUUUGAGCUGCCAUCAUGUGCUGUUGCCUCAUACAGCUGAGAGGUUUAGCUGCAGUUUUAUGUUCAGAGGACAGUUUAUCUGCAGUUGAGGCUCGUUUCUGCUGCAGCUGGACGUGACUGCCCUCUUGUGGCCGUCUCUGGUGCACACUCAGCUCAAACUUCUGCAGGUGGAGCUGAAUAUAAUCAGCCAUGCACACCGAAAUGCUUCACGGAGUCCCUGUUUCUGGGAUGCACCAAGUGCAAGUGGGUUUUUGUUGAGCAGAACGGACAAUUUGAUGUUGUUGUUGUGUUUCUCCUGUCUGUUGCCUUAACGUUCUUUGUUUUACUUCUGUGAGAUGAGAAGCGCUCUGAAUUGUCAGUCGGUGCAGAUGAUAAACACACGUGCACAACACGGUACUGUUUGGUAGUUGCAUGGUCUUCUGUGUGCGUGUGUGUGUGCGUGUGUGUGCGUGUGCAUGUGCGUGUGCAUGUGCGCAUGUAAAACAGAACUUGUUUGGAUAAGAUGACCUGACGUCUGUUUUCCCUCAAACUCAACUAUCUCAAAUUGACUUGUGAUUCGGCGUCUUUGUUAAAUGAUCGGGAGGAGACCUUUAGCUUUGCUAGACGUGUACGAGGACCGGGUGAUAAUUACACACUUUUAACUUUCAGUCUGAUCUUGUGAUCUGAUCAUGUGCAUCACUCCCCAAAUGCCUCCUGUCCAAAUGCGCUCACCUUAACUCAUCGCCCUUUAAUAACAAACAAAUAGUAAUGUAUGUAAUUCAUAACAGUGGAACAGAAUUUAAAAUAAUUCGGCGUACAUUUGUCAUAUUCUGUUGUGUCUUGGUGACAGUAAAUAUCCGUAUUUACAUGAUUAUGAUGGUUUUAACCACAUCACUCAGCCCUAAUGUGCAUCAUCACAUACACAACAACACAACUGCUGUCCUGGCUGUGUGUGCGACUAAUUAUGGGUUUGUCUUAUUUUACCACCUUUGUAUAGUACAAUCUCAAAAUUCAUCUUCUGAAUUCAGAAAACAAAAAAAACACAUCAGUCCUGGUGGUGGCCCCCGAUCACGUUUUUUUUUUUCCUCCAGAAUUUUUGUAUUUAUUUCGUGAGACGCAUCAGGGCCGAGAUUGUGCACGGACAAACUGCUGUUCCUGUUGGAGCCCUGGCAGAAUCACGGUGUCCUGGCUCUACGUCAUUGUGACGGCAUGCCUUAAACGAUCUGGAUUCCCACCACCUCCUCCAGGACUCCUCCUCUGUCAGGGAGGACGACGGGGAUGCGCAGCUCUUCCUGGUCGUGUCUCCUGUGGACUGCGCUUUAAUGCACCUGAUGUAUAGAAAUGUAGCGUUUCCGAAACAGCGAGGACACUGGACCGUAGACCUGUUUUUAGUCUCGUUUUAGAAAACAUGUGCAAUUCCUCUCAUUUCCAAGAAUGCUACAGCACCAACUCCCUGAAAUCAUUUCACGCUGCCUUUAUCGAUCCGGAUUAAUUCCUCUCCACCAAAAGGUACUAUAGCUUUAUGAAGCUCCAAUUCUAUUUUUUUUCAUUCUUUUCCCCUCACAUAUUGAUGAGUGGUGUCUGGUUUUGUAUUUUUCUACUUGUUAAACUGUUUACAGGUUUGUAUGCAGAUACAGAAAGUAGCACCUCAAUCAGUAAAUGUAUUUCAGCACACAGUGCGGAAUCAGUUGUACUGUACAGUCUAACAAUAAAGAUAUAUGAUGUG